AUGGUUUCCGUUUCAGGGGCAUUGGUUAUGCCUCCAUUUCGAGAAAGAUUGGGGACAGGAUGUACAAAAGAUAGUAAAGUACGUUUUUCAUAUUUGUUUAUUUAAUAAAAAAAAUUCUAAACUUUUACUUACAACUAUUUUAUUUGCAGGACUCGGGUAUUGAUGUGCGACCAAGAACUAAAAAGCAGAAGAAACAGCAGAAAAUGAAAACUAUCACAGCAAGGUAAGCUUUUAUUCGAAAAACCUAUGAUAAUUAUAAGUUACCUAAAUUAUAAUAAAGUAUAAAAAAUUAUUGAUUUUUUAUUCAUAUCAAACAUGCCUUGUUUCAUAAUAAUUUUGAGAACGAAAAAAAAACAAAACUAAUAGAAAGCAUUCGGAAAAUUCAUGUUCGAAUGAAAAAUUCAUCGGUGCAGAAAAUCGGAAUUAUACUAACAAAAAAUUUCUAGACUCUUAAAAAGGAAAUAAAAUUCUUACCAACUCACCAAAAACGAAACUGAAUGCAAUAAAAUUUUUUGGUACGACCACCAGAUGUUCAAUAGCUUUCGUGUAUAGUCUCGAGGAAAAAAAAUAGGCAAAGAUGUUUUUAUUCGCGGUUUAAGAGGGCAACAGAUAACAUUUUUCAUCGAAAAAUGGGAUUUGAAACGGAUGGAUAUAAAAUGAAAUUAAAUUCAAUUUCAGUUUGAGAUAAAUCAACAUGAUUUCUUACAGAACCAAAAUGAAAAACACAAUUGUGGAGGUUAAAGAGAGUGACGAUGAAGAAUACGAGGAGGCCAAAAGAAGCUUUGAGAAUAUGGUGAGUUAAGUUAACUGGAAACUUUUUUGAUAGUUGACGUGUGAUUUGCGUCACCAGAAAAAAAGCUAAAAAAUCAAAGAAUAAAAAAAAAGUUUGAGAAAGUACAAGACCAAAAUAAAAGAAGUCCAAAAUUUUUUUCAGCCCAAAAAUCGAUUAGAACUUGAAGAAGAUUUUGUUUAACAAGCAAAGAUCGCCAAUUCCAAAAAAAAAUACUUUUGGGACUAAUAGAAUUUUAGUUCAAAAUUUGAAAAUUAUGUAGAAAUUCUUCUGCGAAGUUAAAGAGUACUCUAACAAUUACCAAUAAAACAUAUUUCAUAUUGUUGAGCUGUGGGUUUUGUGAAGUUUAUGAAUUUGAGAAAAUUAAAGAUUUUAUUUUGAAUGCUUUCAACAUAAGUUUUUUCCAAGUUUUUGAAGUGAAAGAGUAAAGUCUGAAGUGCAAAAAAAUCUAGACCACUUGCUCAAUUAGAAAACUUCUCCUUGAUCAAAUUUUGUCAAAAAAAACUCCCCAAUCUUUGUAGGUGAUCACAAUUCUAUGGUGCAUCUCAAUUUACUUCACAAAUCUAUCAUUUGGCCUACCAUUUGUUAUAAUGUAUCCAGUGAGGAUAAAUCAGUAAGUUCCUUCAAGAAUUUUAUUGGAUAAAAAAAUUCGAAACAUUUCAGCAUUGCUAUCGCUGGCAGUUAUUUGUUCAUCAUGUUUUGGGCAUUGUCAGCACUUUAUUUUUUUGCAAGAAAAACCAACAAAGAAAAACGAUGGUUUUCAACAUACCCCAAGACAUUUGUUCUGGCUUGGAUCUCAUUGUUUAUAGGAUUUACAAUGUAAGUUUUCCAAUUGUCAGUCCCAAGAAAAAAAUGAAAUAAUUUUCAGCUUCCAUUUGUUCACAUUUGCUGAGAUUGGAAAUUGGAGUUUAGUUAUUUGUGCAAUCUAUUUCUUUUUCUUUGUUCACCUCACUACCUCAUAUUUAUAA